AUGGAAAGUUCUGAUGAUGAAGUUAUGGUGUCAUUCGACGUUGUGUCGCUUUUCACAGCUAUCCCUGUCAACAAAGCGUGUGAUUAUAUUCGCAACAAGUUGAACAAUGACAGUACUUUACAAUCUAGAACAAGCCUUACUACCGAUGACAUCAUUUCUCUAUUGGACUUCACUCUCUCCAAUAACUAUUUUGUCUACAAUAACUGUAUAUACAAGCAAGUCCACGGAUGUGCCAUGGGCAGCCCUGUAAGCCCUAUCGUCGCUAAUCUUUGCAUGGAGGUAGUUGAAGAAUUAGCCAUCAAUACCUCUACAGUUGCACCAAGGGUUUGGAAACGAUAUGUUGACGACAGCUUUGUUAUCAUCAAGAAAGAUGCUGUCUCCUCCUUCCAUGACGCCUUAAACUCCAUUGAUCCCAAAAUCGCUUUUACUAUCAAAGAAGAAAACAAUGGUCAAAUCUCUUUCCUGGACACGCUUGUUUCCAGGAAAAAUGGUGUUACUAGCAUUGAUGUUUACAGGAAGCCGACACACACAGAUAGAUAUCUGGAUUUUUCUUCACAUCAUGAAUUAAAACAUAAAGUCUGUGCGGCCUCGACCCUUCUAUUCCGUGCAGCCAACCUUCCGAGCACCAUUGAAGGUAAAAGACGUGAGACUAACCACGUUACCGAAGCCUUAAAAGCUAAUGGCUACCCAUCAAUAGUUAUUUCCAACAUUUUAAAAAAGAAGUCAGCUCCGACAACUCCUCCACCAGAAGAGUUAGUGUCCAUGUUCUUCAAAUGGGCCGAUCCAUCAGACACAUCUCUGGGUUUCGCUUGUCUUCCCUACAUCAGCGGCCUGACUGAGCCCCUUACCAGAUUACUUCGUAAAAAUGACAUUCGUGUAGUUAGCAAACCAGCUAAAACCCUGCAACAAGAAUUUCCGUCACCUAAGUUCAGGCAGCCCUUAGAUCUACAGUGCAAUGUUGUCUGCAAAAUCCCGUGCUCUGACUGCUGUUGGAGUUAUGUAGGAGAAACUGGCAGAUGCUUUAAAACCCGAAGAAAAGAACAUCAACGAAAUCAUAAAAACUAUACGAGUGGCUCGAACAUUGCCAACCAUACGUGGGAAAACAAUCACGCGAUUGACUUUGAGGGCGCUACCGUGAUA